AUGUGGCUCCUCUACUUGGCCAUCUUUGGGACUGGUGCCAUAUGGUGCCAAGUCAAUGCUGCUGAAAAACAGGCCGAUUAUAGUGGAUACACACUCUAUCGAUUCAAAGUCGAUACAACAUCAAAUUCAAUGGAAAAGCUGGAAAGUUACGAUAUGGAAUUGGAUACGACCACCCAAACCGCGCGUCUACUAAUUGAUAUUUGGGCGGAGCCAUCGAAACAGAACCCAUAUGCUGAUGUGCUGGUUGCUCCAGAAUUUUUGACAAAAUUCCGGUCACUUUUGACUUCGGCGGAAAUUUCGACACUAAAAGUGCUCGAAGGGGAUAUUCAAAGCCAAAUCAACGCAGAGCGUCGUGCGAUGAUACACAACGCGAUUAGAAGACGAAAAAGAGCCCUGAAAACUUGGUCCGAUUUUGAUGCCAAUGUUUAUCACUCUUAUGAAGAGAUGACCGAAUUCAUGAGAUUGCUGUCUGAACAAAAACCGGAUAUGGUGGAAAUGAUCAAGGUGGCCACUUCGUCAGAGGGAAGAUCGAUUUAUGGAGUAAAAAUCCACCCACCUGGUCCGUCUACCCCUGAAAAACCAUCCAUCAUCGUUGACGCUGGUGUACAUGCUCGUGAAUGGAUCGCUCCGGCUGUUGCUCUUUUCAUGAUUAAAAAAAUUGUUCACGAGUACGGUAUCAACCCCCAAGUGACGGCGAAUCUUCAAAAAUUCGACUGGUACAUCAUGCCGCAAGUCAAUCCAGACGGCUAUGAGUACAGUAGGACGAACGACCGAUUAUGGAGAAAGACGCGAAGCAAGAAUGUGACGGUGAAUCGCUGGUGUGUGGGCGCGGAUGCUAACCGUAAUUGGGGUUAUCGAUGGGGAGAAGCUGGUGCCAAUCGUACCCCAUGUUCCAACAUCUACAUGGGCAGCCAUCCAUACUCGGAGCCGGAAAUUCGAGGUUUAAAGGAAUAUUUCACAUGGCAAAUCACCAAUCCAAUGGUUUAUAUCUCUCUGCACUCUUAUGGCCAACUUCUACUGUCGCCAUGGGGUUAUACCAAUGAAAGAACGGAAAAUUAUCAAGAUCAGCAAAACGCUGCCAAAGAAGCCGCGCAAGCCAUAAAAAAUACUACCGGAGUUUCUUAUAGCUAUGGGACCAUUUCGGAAAUGAUGUACCCCGCUUCUGGCACUAGUAUUGAUUUUAUGCAGCAUCGCGGUGUACCGUACAUCUAUGGUGUGGAAUUGCGCCCCACUGACAACCCGAACAGUUUCGCGUUCAACUUGCCGCCAAUGUUUAUUAAAGCCACUGGCGACGAAAUGAUGGCUGCCCUAAACGCCAUUGGAACACACGCCGUGAAGAUGAAACGUCUGUAA